AUAAUUGGCAAAUCGAUCUGCAUCCAUUGGUUCUUAUUCUUCUUAGCUGUGUGUGUGAGUGAAAUGGUUUUGCCAGCAGAAUUCACUAGCUUGUUUAUUCUCUGCAGCGCUCAUUUGGGCUUUCUGUGGUCUUUCUGUGGUGUUGAUGGCCAUCAGGCAUUACCUUACCAACAUGUUUUGCUUCAUGUUGCAUUAUGACAACUUGAAUUAUCUUCUGUGCAUUUAAACUAUGAUAAAAGGGGGAUUGUUUGGGAGCAAAAGCUCUAAAACAUGUUGCAAGUACAACACUGUGCAAGGUGUCACAAAUAAAUCAGAAAGCAGGCUGUACAAAUCAGGUGACCAAGCAAUGUGACGACACACACAGCUUGUACAGUACAGGCUGAUCCACACGAGGCCUGAUUCCACAUUGGUGAAGCAAGUAAUGAUGCAUUGCUCUUUUUCUAGAAGGCUUGAAUAAUACAAAUCAUUCGAUUUGUGCCUUUGAUCCAUAUGAAGGCAACAUUGUAGAACUUUAAGAACACAUAAAACCUGGUCACCGCCAAGCUCCCAGCAUUCAGACAAAAAAUGUAACGAGACAAGACACAAACACAAACGCACCUGAGUGUCCAUUAAUGUUUUCAGGAUGAAGAAAAGUACCUGCGAAGAACUCCGGGUAGCUCCUAAAGCCAGUAAACCCUUGGCUUAAAUCUACUGUAACCAACCUCUCGAAGGGAAAUAAGACUAAAACUAGUAAGUCUAAUGCCAGGAGCUCGAUGUGAUUGAGUAUCCACAGCCCCAGAGAGAGAAGCAAGUGUUCCUUCAUUUGAAAAGGCAAAAGCACAGCCCCUGCCACAGAGGAACCACAGGCAGCCAGUGGGGAAAAAAGUACAAAAAAGGCAGGAACAAGACAGAAAACAAACAUCAUCCAGAUAGACUGUUCCUGGAAUACAGAAAGUUACUGCCCUCCAUGAGCAGAACAAGUCUGAUUUUUCUGCAGACUUGAACUGUAAAAUGGAGCGAGGAAACACAGAAGACCAUGGCAAAGAAGCAGGUGAUCAUCGACACCGACUGCGGCAUAGACGAUGCUCAGGCCAUAUUAAUGGCCUUGGCCGCACCCAACAUUCAGGUCGUGGGCGUGACCUGUGUGUUUGGGAACGCAGCAGUUGAGAACGUGUGUCAGAAUGUUCUGAGGGUGCUCUCUGUCUGUGAGCGUGAAGGGAUUCCAGUGUUUCGAGGUUCUGGUGGUCCUCUGGUUGGAGCCAGUAACCUACUUAGUGACCACUUUGGAGGUGAUGGACUUGGGGGUGUGAUUGAAGACAAAGACCCACAUUGGGAGGAGAAAAUCCAGAGCGAGCACGCGGUCAAUGCAAUGAUUAGGCUGGUGACUGAAAACCAGAAGCAGGUGUCCUUGGUGGCCCUUGGCCCGCUCACUAAUCUGGCAUUGGCUGUCAGACUAGAUCCAUGUUUUCCCCAAAAGCUCAAAGAUCUGUACAUUAUGGGGGGCAACAAGGAAGGAAUAGGAAAUGUGACCCUAUGUGCAGAGUUUAACCUUGCAAUGGAUCCGGAGUCUGCCUAUGUUGUUCUCGAGGAGUUCCUCUGCCCUACAUACCUGGCAUCAUGGGAAUAUUGCUGCAGAAACUCACUGCCGUGGGAGUUCUUUGAAGAGUUGAUCAACCAGGAUGCACCUGCUGCAGGCUUCAUGAAGAUGAUAACAUCUAAAUGCUGGGCUUACUCCAAAGAGGCUAUGAUGAAAAAGAGAGGUGUGUACUUUGGAUCUGGCUUCGUCUCUUACGACGCUUAUGCGAUGGCAGCCUGUAUUGACAACAGCGUGGUAACAGAGACAAUCGAGUGUCCUGUCCGCGUGGAGUUGCAGGGUUCGAUCUCCCGUGGCAUGCUGGCACUAGAUCGCACAAACGAGCUGAAGAAGAGCCACAGCGUGUUUGUUUUGACUAAAUGUGAUGUUGCCAAGUUUGGUCAGUUACUCAUGGAGUCUGUUAGACAACCUUGUAAGAAAUAAUCUUUUUUUUCUGCUGCGGCCUGACUCUUGGACAGAGCCACUUGACGACAAUGUAGCCAACGUUUUCCAGCUUCACAUCUACUGCAGAUUGUUAAAUUCUCAUCAGUUUGUCGGAACCAGCUGCAAGGGAGAGGUUUUGCGCGCUGAAUUAGAGGAGCAUUGCCAGUGAAAUGUGGAAUAUUUUAAAUGCCUAAAUUAAAGAAGAAAUACAAUUCACAUUGCAUUUUCUCUUUAAUAAGUAAUUGAAUUGUUUUCCAGUGCAACAUGAAUGUUCCAUGUCACAUUAAAAUCAAAUCACAAAACCAGAAAA